AUGGAUCAGUUGACGAGAUUUCUCGUGUACAACAAAGUACCUAUAUCCAAGAAUAACAUGAACUAUGAAGCUAUGAGAACAGAGAAAAAGCAACAGAAAGAAAGAGGUGGUGAAAUUGAUAAGAGGCUUCUGCUAUUGUCACCAGAUCUUGGAAGAAUGUCUGACGAACGUGUGUUGUACGCAAGGAACCGACAGCCAGGUGCAAGGCCUGCGGUAGUCGGAGGUACACCUAUAACGGAAGAACUAGCAAUAGAACUGCGUGUGACUGCUUUUGGAACAUCUUCAUGCCCUCCCCGUGGCGAAUGGAUCCACACCCCUUUGGUCAUGAGACCAUCCGAUCAACCAUUGGGAUAUGGUCUGGCAGCUCAACGAAACGGCACCAGAUCAUUACUGUCUGCCCUACAAGCUCAUAUCAUCAAAUGGCUUUUGUUUGAUUCGAGACCCAUGACCAAGGAUAAUAAAUCUGCAGAGCCACCAGAAAGUUACUUACGUCCUUCCGAAGACCGUCAAGAAGAAGCUUUGUGGCGUGCUUGCAGUGAAGUUAUAUGGCGUUGCGGUGAAGGUUCACAAACCGAAGCGAAGGUCAUGGUUGCGUUGCCGACCACCACAGCGUACGUGCAACACAGCGCACAGUACUACCAGGAUGGCAUAACUGAAAUGCUGCAUUUCUUCGAGUUCAAGAGUUUGGAGGAUCUGCAGAUAUUUUUAAAACGCUACUUAUACCUGUUUCAGUCGGAAGAUGGCUCCGGAUCACUGCUACUUUUGUACGCUUGUAUCUUGUCUCGAGGCUGCGACAAUGUGAAAAAAGACCUGGACGGAAAGCUGACUUACCUCGUUUCGACUCAAGUUGAAGGGUCUCUCAACGUGACUACUCUCCUCCUAACAGGACGAGCGACACCGUAUCUGCAUAACGGUGUACAAUAUGUGGGGGACGAAGACCAUUAUGCAAUGCCGCAGUUCGGAGUGCUGUCACGAAGCUCUGUGGGUCUCUUAGUUUGGUAUGGGAAUGAUGACGGGAUCACUAAGAAUAUUUCGAAGCAGAACCCGGGGUCCCGCUUGAAGACACCAGCUCUACCUAUUUGGGUAACGUGCUGCUCGGGACACUAUGGCGUGCUGUUUAAUACGAAUCGUGAACUCUUGCGAAACUAUCACGCGGAAAGAAGGUUCGAUAUCCACUACUACACGUGCGGCGGAUGUCACGUUCUCCUUAACGUGGAUACUCGAGCUCACGAAGACUUGGUGCCGCUGAGAAAUGAUGACAUCACCGCCACUCCACUAGAGAAACUUAUCCACACGAAAUGGCAGGAAGCCAAGAUAACCUGGUCUGGCGCAGUGCCCUUUGCGGGCGACUCGCCGAACUAACGGUUCAGCGUCUAAUUGCUUUAGUUAUAGCCCGGUGUUAUUUAAAUAGAUCUACAACUUAGAUACACGUAAAUAUUGUUGUCAGGUACCUGCUUAAAGUACCAAGGUAGCACGGCUUUUACGA